AUGGACAAGCUGCCAUCAAGGAUUGGUGACUUUGACAUCAAGCUGGACCAGGCUGAAGUCACCCUUACAAGGAAGCAUAACAAUGAGACUGUGACAGUGACGCUGAACGUGAACCACUCAGUCGACUCAGACCCCGAGGCCGAGGACCUCUCAGAGACCCAGGGCAGUGAGCAGCUGAAGGCGCGGCCCACCUUCAACGUGGACAUCACCAAGGGCAACCGGACGGUCAGCUUCACGUGCUCGUACACCGAGGGCGGCGUGGUGGAGCAGCAGGGCGAGCAGUACAAUGACACAUUCUCCAUCGAUGAGGUGGUGAUGUUCGAGGGAGAGCACCACGAGAAGAACUUCUCAGUCUCCGGAGAGAUUCUCGAUGGAGUGCUCUACGACCUGCUGAUGAACAUGCUGGAGGAGCGUGGCGUCAGCAACGACUUCGCUGGCAAGCUCUCCGACUUCUGCACCGAGUACGAGCACAAGUGCUACAUUGCCCUGCUCGAGGGCCUGCGCGGGUUCGUCAGCAAGUAG